AUGGUCCGCCUACGAGAAAUCCCUCGCACCGCCGUCUUCGCCUGGUCCCCUGGAGCCGGUGCUCCUCUGGUUGUGACAGGCACACGAGCCGGCGCGGUCAACGAUGACUUCUCCAGCGAAACGAAGCUUGAGUUGUGGGACUUGGGACUGGACAAGCUGGACCACGAGAGCGACCUGAAGCCAGCUGGCAACCCCAUAACCACCGACUCAGGGUUCAACGAUAUUGCCUGGAGCGAGCCCAGCGACGACCAUCCCCUAGGUGUCAUUGCAGGAGCGUUUGAAAAUGGAUCGAUUGAUCUCUGGGACGCUCAAAAGCUGCGCAAUGGCUCCUCGGACGCUUUCAUUUCGCGAACGACCAAGCACAGUGGCAGCGCAAAGGCAUUGCAGUGGAACCCGUACAGGCACAACCUCUUAGCCUCAGUGGGUUCAAAAGGCGAGAUCUUCAUCUACGACCUCAACAACAUGGCCAACCCAUUCAGGCUGGGUGCCUCGGUAGCAAGAGCGGACGACAUUGAGUGUUUGGAUUGGAACAAGCAAGAGAAGACGGCACAUAUCUUGGCUACGGGCAGCAGCGGUGGCUUUGUGACUGUGUGGGACGUGAAGCAGAAGAAGGACAUCUUGACAUUGAACAAUCAAGGCCGUAAAGCUGUCAGUGCUGUGGCCUGGGAUCCAGAAGAGAGCACGAAGCUGGCAACUGCGACGCCCAACGAUCAAGAUCCGCUGGUCUUUUUGUGGAGCCUGAGGAACAGCAGUGCGCCAGAGCGGACACUGAAGGGCCACGAGCUGGGCGUGCUAGGGCUGGCAUGGUGUGUGCAGGAUCCUGACCUGCUUUUGUCUUGCGGGAAAGACAAUCGCACCAUUUGCUGGAACCCGAAGACAGGAGAGCGAUACAGUGAUUUCGCGGCCGGCUCAAACUGGGCAUUCCAGACAAGGUGGAACCCGCAUAAUCCAAAUCUCAUUGCAAGCGCAUCAUUCGACGGCAAGAUUCUGAUUACUUCCAUCCAAAGCACCAAUGCCAAAGCUGAGGAGCAGACCGCUGCAAAUCAGGCACUAGAUAGCGAAGACUUCUUCGCGAAGGCGCAGACCCAACCCCAAGGUAUCUCGUUCAGCAUUCCAAAGACUCCCAAGUGGGCGGCUAGGCCAGCAAGUGUUUCCUUCGGGUUCGGCGGCAAGCUCAUUCGCGUGACUUCGGAUGCCACGCGAAAGAGCAAGGUCUCAAUUGAGACUUUCUCGGCAGAUAAUUCAAUCGGAGAUUCUACUGUCAAGUUUGAGGAGAAGCUUGGCAGUGGUGACUUGACAGGCAUUUGCGAAAGCAAGAUUCAGAGCGCAAAGAGCGACGAGGAGAAGGCUGACUGGCAGGUCAUCGAGACGUUGAAUGCGGGCAAGUCAAGAAAGAAGCUCAGGCAAUUUCUCGGCUUUGACGAUGAUUCUGAUGUCGAUCUGGCCAAGGAAACGGAGAAGCUAGGAAUCAACGGUGACGCCGCAGCCGACAGCAAGGUCAAUGGCGAUAAACACGACUUAUUCGGCGGCGGAGACGAUGGCGACGGCGACAACUUCCUUGCUGAUCUCGCGGCAACGAAGGGCGCCAAGACAAACAACCCCUUCAGCAUCUACACCGGCUCAGAGUCCGAGGCAGACAAGGGCAUCACGCAGGCGUUGAUGCUUGGCGAAUUUGAGAAAGCACUCGAAAUUUGUCUCAAAGAAAACAGAAUGUCAGACGCCUUCAUGAUUGCAGUGUGCGGCGGCCAGAAGUGCAUCGACAAAGCACAGAGCGCGUAUCUCAAAAAGAAGGCGGAUGGUCCGAACUACUUGCGCUUGCUCGCGAGCAUAGUUGGCAACAACCUGUGGGACUUCGUCUAUAAUGCAGACUUGAGCAACUGGAAGGAGGUCAUGGCCACGCUUUGCACCUACGCGGAUGAGAAGGAGUUUCCAGAUCUUUGCGAAGCUCUUGGCGACCGUCUCGAGGAAGCAUACCAGGCAGGAGACGGCGCGAAGACGCUGCGCCGAGAUGCAUCGUUCUGUUACCUGGCUGGCGCCAAGCUGGAGAAGGUGGUCAACAACUGGGUCGAGGAACUGCAAGAGCACGAGAAGGCGGCUUUGGAGAAGUCGGAGGACGACAACAGCUUCUCUGUACAUGCUAAAAGCUUGCAGGAGUUCAUCGAGAAAGUUUCGGUCUUCAGAAAGGUCACAAACUUCCGUGACUCAGAGCUGCAGUCUACUGCCGAUUGGAAACUCGCACCACUCUACAAUCUCUACGCGGAAUACGCUGAGAUCUUGGCGGCUCAUGGUCAACUGAGCAUCGCAGAACGAUAUCUCGAUUUGUUGCCGGGCAAGUUUGAAGGCGCAGAGUCCGCGCAACAACGCAUCAAGCAGGCCACGAAGAAAGCAGCGGCAGCCUCCCAGGGGAGAAGUGCAACGGCGCAGCGAACAACGGCUAGAGCACAGCCGGCAGUGCAGCCUUUCCUGCCCCAACAGCCUCAGCAGCCCGUGCAACCUCUGAUCAACCAGGCAAGGAAUCCACCCUCUCUGUAUUCUCCAGCCGGUGUCAGCACACCAGCUCCAGCAGCACCCGGGCCACACGCACCAGCUUCGAACACUUAUGCGCCAGCAGGAUACCAACCACCUCAGCCCUCUGCUCCCUACGGGCAGCCAGCUGGCUAUGGCGGAUACCAGGCUGCGCAGCAACAAGCACCGCUGCCGCCUCCACCCCGUGCUGGCACUACAUCGCCUUCAGCGCCUCCACCGUCAGCCGCGAGAAACAUGACCAACUGGAACGACAUGCCUGACAACUUCCUCAAUCAGCGAGCGCCCAACUCACGGCGUGGCACACCUGGCCCUGCGCCGGUAGCCUCACCAUUUCCCAAUGCUGUACCGAACCCUAUGUCCCCACCGCCAAUUGCUGGCCCGCCGCAAGGCUUCCAAAAGCCAACUCCACCUCUGCCGCCUCCACCAAAGGCUGGCGAGGCACCACCUAGAGUCAUGUCGCCCGCUACUGCGCCGCCCCAAGGUAUCUCGCGCCCUGCAUCAUCAGCUGCCAACACUUAUGCUCCACCGCCGAGUGCUCAAACUGUUGGUUCGACUUUGCCUGCUCCUUCUGCACCUCCGCCUGUACAGCGUGGGCCUUCACCAUAUCAGCCGCCUCCAUCAACAUCCACGGCAGCACCGUCGAACCGGUACGCCCCUGCGGCUGGUUCUCAACCAUCACCAGGCCCUGGAGCGAUGCCUCCCCAGAGAAACGUCGCGCCAAACCCUUACCAAGCACAGCAUCAAAGCCCGUACGCACCGCAACAAGCGCCUCAGCAGGGAGGAUACGGUCAGCCGCCGCAAUCGCAAGGACCGCCGCCGCGAGCAGGGCCGCCACCAGGAGGACCACCUCGAGCGGCGCCACCGCCUCAGUCGACUGCCGGUCCACCACCUCAAGGACCCCCUAUCCGUGGCGGUCCAGCGCCUCCUGUCCAGCAACUGCCCCAGACCGCCGCCGAUACUCCCGCGACAUCAGCAUCACCAGCUCCCCCGCCCAAAGCGAAACACCCUCGAGGCGACAGAUCACACAUACCGGCAACGGCACAGCCAAUUGUCGAUCUCCUCACCCCCGAAGUGGCACGCAUCAAGACCGUCGCCCCGCAAGCGUUCAAACCCCAAGUCGACGACAUGGACAAGCGGAUCAACAUCCUCUUCGACCACCUCAACAAUGAGGAUCUUCUGCAGCCGGACACCGUCCAGCAAAUGGUGCAGAUCUCGCAGUUCGUGGCGGAGAAGCAGUGGGAUCAGGCGCAGGCGCUCUUCACCGAGAUGCAGUCGGCUAAGCUUGACACUGAAGGGACGCAUUGGAUGGUCGGCGUUAAGCGCCUCAUUAAUAUUGGUCGGGCUACUAAAGCGUAG